AUGGAAAAAACGGCAGCCUCUACUGCGUGGCAGUUGCCUUCUGUAUCUCUGCGUGCCCAUCGCUGUGCCUCACUGUUGUGGAUUCCACUUUCUCUCUGUUUGCAGUGUGCCUCAGAGCCCCCCGGGAACGAUGUAAAGAAGCAUCCAAAUGAUCGAACACCAACUACAAACAACAACAACAAUAAUAAUAAUAAUAAUAAUAAUAAUAAUAAAAACACAAACACAAACACGGACACUAUCAUUACCGGCUCCACCAUGACAUUAGAUGGCGGUGCGUAUAAAAACAGUAUGAGUGGGUUUGAACUCCGUGUGUUGGAGGCACUUGUGCGGGAGCCCUUUGUGCCGAUGCGGUCCCUCCGCGGUGUGUUCCCCGCCGCCUCGGAGUAUUACGUCGAGAGCGCCGUGUUGGAGGUCUCCGUGCGGGUCGCCGCCGACACCGCCGCCAUCGCCGCCUCGCCGUUUGCAAACAUGGAGGCCCACAGAAACACCGCAGCGGUGGUGGUGGUGCUGAACACAUAUGAAUAUGAACCCCGCAGUGCCCUCACCGCCGUGAAGUUGGUCUUUCAGCGGUACUUUAAAGAGACGACGUGUCGCUGUCUCGUGCUGGAUCCCACCGUAGACGCACAGGCGUCCAUGUCUCAACACUUUUUUCUUCCCGCCUACACAAAUGCACCGGUGGAAGAUGUGGCACGUUAUUUAUUGCGAGAAAUUUCACUUUCUAUGGUACAACAAAUAAAUGCUCAUAUUGUUUCCCUUAAAUCAUCUGCAGAGAUGACACCGGCAGUGAUAAAACAACUUUCAGAGGAGUUUGGAAGUGUAAAUGGGGAAAGUGAAGUAUUAAAGAAACGUGUAUUAGGUUCCCGCGUAGCAAAGAGAAAAGGUGAUCUUCUCUUGCAAUUGGGAGCAUUAGAUUCUGCUUUAAUUGCUUAUCAUGAAUCUUUAUCCGCAUCUGAUCCUUUAUGGUCUUCAGCUAUUUUAGAAUCUAUUGCCGCUGUACGUUAUUUACAGAGAACUCCAUUAAUUGGGGUAAAAAUAGAAAUUGAUAAGUUUUUUUCACUUCUUGAGGGAGAAGAUGUCGUUUGGAAUGUUGGUAUGGCUUCUACAUUAAAUCAAUUUGAAACUGCUGUGGAAACUUUACGUACCGAACAGAGAAAAGCGGCAACUCUUUUACGACAAAGUUUGUCAUCCUCACCUUUAGGAAGAAAAUUAUUUAAAGAAAUUGAGGAACCUCUUACAUUACAUAAUGAUAAUUUCCGUCGACUUCUUGGAUCUAUUCGUAAACAUUUUGUUCCUGAUAGUAAAGAUUCCCAAGAUACUUGUUUGGAGGAAAUAUGUAGAAACGUCCAUACAACAUUUAAACAAAUAUUUCAGUUAAGUUUUUUAGAACUACAUCUAUACCUUGCUGAGUCAUUACAGCAACUUCGUUCUGCUUCUACUCCUGCGACGCAAGGGAAUUUACGUGUACGUGAGGCAUGUAUUCACCUUCAAUGUACAGAACUAUUUGCUGAAGAAGGAGAUAGACAACGUUUUGUAAAAUCUUUAACUGUUCUUAGAUUAGUAGCGAAUGAUUUACCAGUAAAAGUACAACGACAAAUUCGGGAUAUUAUUCCUUUUCUUUGCUCUUGGUGUGGGUGUGAACGUAAAGCUAUUUAUUAUGUGAUGGAAGCGGCUAGUUUAGAAAGAAAAGCAGGUGCUAGUAGUGCUGCUAUAGGCCUUUUACUACAAGCCUGUAGGAUGACUGGAAUUUCAUUUCCAAAUACAGAGUUUCAAUGUGAAUCCAUUAAUGUUGGAGUAAGGUCUAAUUAUAAUUCAUGGAGUGGAAAUGAUGCAAGUAAGAGUUCCACACUUUUAGAAUGUCGUCCUCGUAGAGCUCAGGAUGUACUUUUAUUAAUGGAACUUCUCUCUGCUGUAAAAGAAGUGGAUGUGGAUGAUGGGAUGAAAACAGCUGUUGCCUCACUUCUUCUUUUUGAAUAUCAUCCCUUUUUACACCGGGAAACUCAACAAUCAUUAAUGGAUAUCAUUGAACACAGUAGUGAACGAUUUGAACCUAUUCUCUCAACACCACCUCCUUUGUUGGAAAAUAUGGAAGUAUUAGCCCUUCCAUCUCAUUUGGCACCAAAAACAGUUCCUUUAAGUGGGGCACAGUUUACAUUUAUAGAUACAGGAAGAUUAAAAAUGACUGUACUGACGUUAAAUGGAAAAGUUCUCCCACGAGGACAAGUCGUAUGGUCUGUUGGAACAGUUGGUGAAGUUGAACUUUAUUUAACCAAUCCAUUUCGUCGAGAUUUACAAUUAACAUCUAUUGCGCUUAGUUGUAGAUCUUUAGAAACACUACCAAAUGAUUUAGAAUCUAUGGAAGAACAUGAUGCUGGUCAUAUUGUUGGUCCUCUCGCUCCUUCAAGUUAUGUUGUUACUGGUGUAAUACUUCCUUCUUUUUCAAAACGUCGUUUGUGUCUUCAAGUACAACCAAAUAUACCAGGUUAUCUUGUAGUGGAUGGAGUGGAGAUUCGUUUGGGACAAUUACCUCUCUGUUCAACAUUUUUUAUACCAUCAAGAAAUCUUACACCUAUUCCAGUACUGGAAGAACUUCCACUUGUUUCUUUUACUCUUGGACUUCAUGAAGUGGAAAUAUUUGGUGGACAAAAGAUUUGUUUUCCAUUACAUAUAACGAAUGCAGGUACAGUAGAGAUAAGAAGAUUACAUUUAACCGUUCAUGAUGAGAAUUGUCAAUUAGAUGGAUGUAGUGGAUGUAAACAACGAGUAAGUGCUAGAUCCCUUUAUGUUUUACUUGAACGUAAUUCAUUAGAUACAAUGACUCCUAAUUGUCUCUAUCCUGGUAAAUCUAUGCUUACACAAGUCACUUUAGUCGCCCCAGCCGGGAAUGAUAAUGUGGUAUUUCAACAUGUUGUCUUUCGUGCUACCGUUGAACUUCCACAUGAACAACCGGUAGCUCCUGAGAGUGUUCCCAGUGCUGUUCCUGUCUUUGCAGUGAUUCCUAGACGUGUGCAAGAAGCCUAUCUUCGGGUUUUUCAUGUUCCCAGUGUAGCGGUCACUUCUCUCGCCCUCUCACGUAAUCGACGGUAUGUGGAAAUUACUGUAAAAAACAAAAGUCGAGUACACACCAUUGAAAUUCUAUGUAGUCAGAUGUCUUUUACAAACAUACCAAAUGCAUUAAUUGUGGCAGGUGCGGAGUAUCUUAUUCCACCUAUUGAAAUAACAAAAAUUCCACCAGAAAUGCGACAAUUUCAACUUCCAUGGGUGGUACGGGAACUUCCAGAGUGUCGUGGUGUCGUUUCUCUAGACUUUUCCAUUAUUUCAAAUGAGGUGGUCUGCACAGAACCAUUAGAAGACGCUCUUGUUAACAUUACGGUACAGAUGGAUGAGACUAGUAAAGCCAUCACCACAACACUGAAAUCGCAGAGCGGAACAGACGCAGCCAAUACAUUUCCCCUCACACUUCCCGCGAUGAAACCUAUUCUUCUUCAUCUAUCUGUGAAUGCGCCGUGGAAGCGAAUCAUUCCACUUCGUGUUCGCCUCCGAAUGGAAAAUCACAUGGAUGCGGAUGUUCUUAGUGGACCUGCAGACACAACUAGUAUGGUUGGUGGAGGAGGUGGUGGUGGUAAUAGUAGUAGUAGUGAUGAUAUGGAUAAUAUGCAUAUUUCUCAGAAGAAACAGUAUGAAGAGACUUUUGAGUUUUUAGCCUUCAAAACAGGAGAACAUGUAUUAACCAUAACUCUCUCAGAUCCUGAUGGGCGUGAAAUGGUGUAUAAUGUGCAGCUCCAGGUGGAACAUUUGUAG